AUGGCAUCCUCAGCGGCAAUGAACUCUGAUGGCUGUUUCUUUCCGGUUGAAGGACUCUUGAGCGUAGAUAAAGAAAAUGCCUUUGAGCAGGAAAGAUUGGCCAGCAUCGCCAUAAAGAAAAGCGGAAUCGAUCGAAGAAGAUUAUUUGUGGCAAUUAAAGUUCACGCUCCCGUGCUAAGUGAGAUAGAAUCACACCAUACACCUCAAUACUUCACUUAUAUGAACCUCCUUGAGGAACCUUUCACUGCCUUGCGUGAAAGCCAGGAGAGACUCCAGAUUGAGUAUGUGGACCUGUAA